AGUGUUAUGUCGACUCACAUCGCUACCAUGUUGGCUGUGAAUACUUUUAAACAAACGUGUGUAAAUCAAGUCAAAUAUUUACAUAUCUAUCGAAAUUUGUUAGAAAAAGUGUCUUUUAAAUUAUCCGAUAUUGGUGAAGGAAUCAAAGACGUUACAGUAAAAGAAUGGUACGUAAAAGAAGGUGAUAAAGUUUCCCAGUUUGAUAAUAUCUGUGAGGUACAAAGUGAUAAAGCCUCCGUAACUAUAACAAGCAGAUACGACGGCGUGAUUUCCAAACUGUAUUACAAAGUAGAUGAUACUGCUCUGGUUGGAAAACCUUUGAUCGAUGUGGAAGUAGAGGGUAGUAAAGAUAGUGAAGAAAAAUCUGAAGAGGAAUCUCUACCAGAAAAAGAAGUGUCCUUAGGAUAUGGCAAUAACGAAAAUAUACUUUGCAUACCCUCAGUAAGACGAUUAGCUAAAGAACAUAAUAUAGAUCUAAACAAAGUUCAAGGAACUGGGAAAAAUGGAAGAAUCCUUAAGGAAGAUAUCCUCAAAUUCUUAGGAGGAUCCAUAUCCAAUACAGAAUUAAUUACCCAAAGGGAACAAGUUAAACGUGUAUCAACCGAAGAUGAUAUAAAACUUAUCAAAGGAUUUCAAAAAUCAAUGAUAAAAACGAUGACUGAAGCUCUAAAAAUUCCCCAUUUUGUGUAUGGUGAUGAAAUUAAGAUAACCGAGGUAUCCAAAUUGAGAAAUAUUUUAAAAAAUAAACAUGAUAGGAAAAUAUCUCCUCUACCAUUUUUUGUUAAAGCAAUAUCUAAUUCUUUAAUGAAGUAUCCAAUAGUAAAUUCAUCUGUAGACGAUAAUGUGGAGAAUAUUAUAUACCAUAAAGCACACAAUAUAGGUAUAGCUAUGGAUACGUCUGUGGGGUUGGCUGUGCCAGUUAUAAAGAAUGUUCAAGCACUUUCGGUGAUAAACAUUUCCGAUGAAAUUCAAAGACUGAUUAAGAAUGGCAGGGACGGAAAAUUCUCACUAGCUGAUAUCUCUGACGGUACCUUUACAUUGUCUAAUAUAGGAUCUAUAGGUGGCACUCAUACUAAACCUGUUAUUCUUCCACCUCAAGUAGCAAUCAUGGCUAUAGGAAAAUCUCAAAAUAUGCCCAGGUUUGAUGAAAACAAAAAUCUUGUGUCCGAGGAAAUUGUAACGGUUAGCGCAUCAGCUGACCACCGAAUUAUAGAUGGUGCUACAAUGGCAAGAUUUGUAGUUGAUGUUAAGAAACAAUUAGAGAAUCCAUAUUUGUUAUUUCUAAAUAUAUAAUUGUAAAAUUUGUUUUAAUUAUAAAAUAUUU